UUUCUGUGCAACGUGUUUCCCAUUAAGUAUCUUUCAACAUGAGCAGUUCAAUCGGUAAAUUCAAAAACCGUUUUCUUCUAGCUUCAGAAAAGGGCUUCAGUUACGAUUGUAAGUUUAUAGUCGGUUCUGAAAACAUUGUCGUCGAAGGACACAAGUUUCUGUUCUCGGUGGCAAGUGAAGUAUUCAAAGCAAUGUUUUACGGGGAGCUGAAAGAAGACAACGCUGUAAAAAUUGAAGAUUUGCAUGCAGAAGGAUUUAUAGGAAUGAAACAUUUCAUCUAUACAGGUGAGGUAAAUUUCGAAUCUGCAACUCACGCUAUGGUAAUUUAUGUAGCCGCUCGCAAAUAUAUGAUUCCUGAACUCAUCCAGGAAUGCACCAAGUAUAUUCAAGUGGAAAUCAAACCUCAUGAGGUAUUAACAAUUUAUGAGUUUUGUGAGAUCAACAGUAUACCGGAAUUUGAAGAGUUUUGUUUGAAAAUGAUAGAGGAAAAUACUGAUGUAAUAGUUAAAAGUGAGAAUUUUCCAAAAGCAAAAAUUGAAACAAUACAAUUGCUUUUGAAAUCUCGUUCUCUCGCAUUGAAAUCAGAAAUCGAGGUGUUUGAUCUCUUUGAAAGAUGGGCUCUUUCUGAAGCUGCCCGGAAAAAAAUCAGCGAUGAAGAGUUGGCAUCCAGCUUCAAAAAUCUGAAAAAGUACAUUCGAUUCCUAGCAAUAAGUCCUGAAGAGUUCACCUCACGUAUUAAGCAGUCUUUGCUACUCACGCAAGCCGAAAAGCAUGCUAUUGAGUGUUAUCUGAUACAAUCAGAUCCAAAACCCAUGCCCGAGAGUCUCUCUGUAAUAGAACAGCAACGUAAUUUCUUACCCACGAAAACUUUCAAACAUAAAAAAUAUGAUUACAUUCAGAGUUUUGUAGUUUCAUUACAUUGUUUUCGUUUAUCAUAUUCCAUAUUGAAUUUCAAAAAUGGAAAUCUUAUUCUCUCCUUAACUCUUGGUGAUAAAGGUAUUCAUAAUAAAUACAUGUAUUGCAUGAUUAAGCAAAUGAAGAUUGAAUCUAAUCCCAAAUUUUUCAUGUUGGAAUCAAAAGUGACAGUAUUAGCAAAAGUAGAAGGAUGUGAUGAUCUAAUUUUCACAAAUAACAACAAAAUAAUAUUCGUUUCAAAGUUAUCUGAAGUAUUUGUUGCUCGAAUUCCUCUAGUUAAAUUGAAUGAAAACUUUUUUAUGAGAGGAACAUACAAAAACAUUCAAGUUAGGGUGGAAUUUAAUCUUAAUGAAAUUGAUGAUUAGAUUACACCAACUCAAAAAAGAUUACUGGAAGUUAGUCUCUUGCUUUUAACCUACGAAUUUCAUAUAGGCCUAACUAGUUAUAGGUUUCAACUCAAAUAUAAAUUCAAAUUUGAUAUGGACGAAUUUGUAACAGGUUGUAGAUUUAG